AUGGCCAGAGAGAGAGUCACAGCCGCCCUUUGCACGAGGGGAUAUCUGCUCACAGCUCUCUUCAGUGUCUGGAUAAAUCUGAUCUAUGGAAUCAGUAUUCAGCCGAUUCCUGAAUAUCCAGUGGUCAAUCAGCCUGUCACCCUCAGUGUCAGUGGGGUCAGCGGGGCCAUUCGCUCUUUCUCCUGGUAUAAAGGUCAAUUUGUUGAUGAUUCCUCCCUAAUCCUAGCAUAUAAUCCAACUUCUUACCUUGUGGCGAGACGAGGGCCAGAGUACUUCCCUCGAGCCAGUGUCCUCCCAGAUGGAUCAUUAAAGAUCUUCAAAAUUUAUACAGCAGUCAGAAGAUAUUACACAGUGCAAAUCCAGGCAGAAAGUUUAACCCAAGAAACCAUUAACCUGCCUGUAUAUGAACUACUGACUAAACCAGAGAUUGACAUAGCUAAGCAGCAGCCAGAGAAAUAUGAAGAUGUCACCCUUACAUGUAAACUAUCAGCAUCUGAUUUAGAAACGGUAAAAUUCUUAUGGACCAGAAUUGAUGGCAGCAUUCCUUCUGGAGUUAUAUAUAGAGCAAACAGUAGAACUAUGACUAUUCCCAAGUUCUCACAAUCAGAUGCUGGGCAGUACCAGUGUGAAGCAGAGAAUCCAAUCAGCAAGAAUAUAAGUGAUCCCUACAAACUGUCCCUAUACUGUAAGUAA